UAAGGGGAAGGGUGUAACACUUCCCUCCCUCGUUUAGAUUGGGACGCAGCCUUGCCCUGGGUGAAGUGCGCAGUACGUGUGACGUUUCCGGCUGAUUCCUCUUUCUCUUCUUUGCUUCCCCUGUAGAAGGUCCCUCUCCGAGCUCCACCAUGGCGAACGUCGCUGACACUAAACUGUACGACAUCCUCGGGGUGUCCCCUAAUGCCUCUGAGAACGAGCUGAAAAAGGCAUACCGCAAACUAGCAAAAGAAUACCACCCUGAUAAGAAUCCUAAUGCUGGCGACAAGUUCAAGGAAAUCAGCUUUGCCUAUGAAGUACUGACCAACCCAGAGAAGAAGGAACUGUAUGACCGCUAUGGGGAGCAGGGGCUUCGGGAAGGUGGUGGAGGUGGAGCGGGGAUGGAAGACAUCUUUUCACACAUUUUCGGUGGAGGGCUUUUUGGAUUCAUGGGAGGACAGGGCAGGAGCCGAAAUGGCGGGAGACGAAGAGGAGAGGACAUGGUUCAUCCUCUCAAGGUAUCUCUUGAAGACUUGUACAAUGGAAAAACAACAAAGUUACAACUGAGCAAGAAUGUACUGUGUAGUACCUGUAAUGGUCAGGGUGGGAAGGCAGGAGCUGUUCAGAAAUGUGCGGCCUGCAGGGGCCGUGGAAUGCGCAUCAUGAUCAGACAGCUGGGUCCAGGAAUGGUGCAACAGAUGCAGUCAGUUUGCACUGAUUGUAAUGGGGAAGGUGAAGUAAUUAAUGAAAAAGACCGCUGCAAAAAGUGUGAAGGUAAAAAGGUGGUGAAAGAGGUGAAAAUCCUGGAGGUUCAUGUGGACAAAGGCAUGAAGCAUGGUCAGAAGAUCACCUUCGGAGGGGAGGCAGACCAGGCACCUGGCGUUGAGCCUGGUGACAUCGUUCUUGUACUGCAAGAGAAGGAGCACGAGACAUUCAGAAGAGAGGCCAAUGACCUGCACAUGACCCACAAAAUUGGUCUUGUUGAAGCGCUCUGUGGGUUCCAGUUCACAUUAAAACACUUAGAUGGCAGACAAAUUGUUGUGAAAUAUCCUCCUGGCAAAGUCAUUGAGCCAGGUUCAAUCAGGGUAGUGCGAGGUGAGGGGAUGCCACAGUAUCGUAACCCUUUCGAAAAGGGUGACUUGUAUAUUAAAUUUGAUGUGCAAUUCCCAGAUAGCAAUUGGAUUAGCCCAGAGAAACUCUCGGAGCUGGAGGACCUACUUCCUGCCCGAGCAGAGCCCCCAAUUGUGUCUGGAGACGCAGAAGAGGUGGACCUCCAAGACUAUGACAUGAGCCAGGGCUCAUCUGGAGGACACAGGCGUGAGGCAUACAACGACAGCUCAGAUGAGGAGAGUGGCCACCAUGGCCCUGGGGUGCAGUGUGCCCACCAGUAGUAACACUUGAAGAAAAACGUUGCACAGGAGAAGGGUGUGGUUGUGGUUUGGAUUUGCCAGGAGAAAUGAUCCCCCUCGAAAUCCUAUCCUUCCCAUUGGUAAUCCAGAUCAAAUAAAAAAGCCUCACUACUUUUACAGCUGUGUAUUUUUUUUUUUUCUUAGUAUUUACAGAGUUAAAUUAACUAACCAUAAAUGCAGAAGUGUUGCCUCAGACUCAGACUCAGAGAGGUGAGAAUAGGUGCUGUACCUUUAUUUGUGCUUCAUUUCUACCAUCUCAUUUUCUUUGUAGAUUUUUACUCUUUUUUUAACUGCCUUUGUAUUUAAAAUGCAGAAAACUACAGCCAUGUAUAAAUUGAAGGUGAUUUAAGGCCCUUUAAGCUUUGUAUCAGCUGCCACCACAGAAGUUGCUGUGAGCACAUUAGAAGAAAUAAUUUCAUAGGCUGUAUCUGCCCUCAAUCCAGGUGUCUGAAAGCAUUGGUUCCUGCACUGAAGAAACAUCAGACUGAAACAAGUGAAGGUUUGAAAGCUGUAGGUAUUACUUCUGUGAAAAAAAUUUUGAACUAAAUAAAAAUAAAUAAAUAAAACGUUAAAUAAAACGUUCUUCAAAAUCUGAGCAAUACAGCAUUAUUUCUGUAGUCUGCUUUCCCAGUGGCCAGGGAUACUGAGGCGGGACCUCUGUAGACUUAUUUGACCUGUGAUCUGAGCCGCACACAUAUUGGUCUACCUUGUCAUACCACCCUGGAUACUACUCCAAAGUGCAGAUUACCACCUGUAUAUUUAACAUGAUCAUCAUGUAUCGAAUCCUUUCUGGUAAAAUAGUCGGCACCUUUCAGUCUACCUGUAUAUAAUAAAGGUGUUGCAUAGAUAUUGUAUUUCCCUGGUAAAUCCAAAUUAUGCAUUUUUUUCUAUGAUGGGGUACAUUUAAGCUGUGAAAUGAAUUGUCACAGUGGUUUAUCAAGUCUCAUUUGAAUCUUUAUUAAAAAUUGCAAUGUUUAGAUGAAUAACCACAGUAGCUUUUGUUUGGUUACCAACAAGGGUGAACCACCAUUUCAGAAAAAAAAAAAUCAUUCAGGUGUGCAUAUAGGCGAGACCAUUAGUCACCAGUCUAAUGUAAUGUAUUCCAUUUCAUAACAAAGUUUUGAACGUACUUGAGUUAUCCAUAUCCUACCUGAUUGAAAAAGCUGCAAUGAAUCACAUAGCCUGGGUUUCACUUGUUGACACCAUUGAUAGAUAUUCAAUUGCUUUCAUUUUGACAAUUUAAGACAAGAAUUGUUAAGCCUGAGAAGUCUCAUGUGACAUUUCCUAGCCUCCAUCACCACAAUAAACAGAUUGAAUGAGUGUGUCAUUAUUAGUUCCAUCCUGAUGGGUUAGUACAGUGAUGGAAACAAAAGCACUCAGCAGACUUCUGCCAUUGUCCAAAAUGAAGCCUGUGCUUGAUAACAUAAUCUUGUAAUUUAUUACUAUGUUGAUGCUCAUAUUUACUUGUACAAUAAACUGUCACAUGUCCAGCCCUUUUGAAGAAUUUUUUUAUUACAAUGGAGCGAUCAUUUAAAGGGAGUUACUGUUAGUUCACUGAUUUGAACCUGUUCACUAGUUAUUAAGUGCACUAACAGCUACAUCUCUGCUGCCCAUACAUUCUAAUGAUAUGAGAAAUCACUUUAAUGCAAGUGCAGUAUUACUAUUUUUGGACAGCACUUCAUUGUGACCAUUUGUUUCAUGGUGUAGACUAGUGCAUAUACAGGGCACAGUAGUAUUUAAAAUAAUAAAAAAUCAAUGCAGUGAAAGGAACUUAAAAUGCAAGUGUCCGAUUUUAAGAGGAAUACCAGAACAGUUGA